GGUAGCUGCUCCUGCGACUUUGAAUUCUCCUCUUCUUUGCUCAAUCCAGACAACCAUGAGUGAUCGAAAGGCAGUGAUCAAGAAUGCGGACAUGUCCGAAGAGAUGCAGCAAGACUCUGUGGAGUGUGCUACUCAGGCCUUAGAGAAGUACAACAUUGAGAAGGACAUUGCUGCUCACAUCAAGAAGGAGUUUGACAAGAAAUACAAUCCCACUUGGCACUGCAUCGUGGGAAGGAACUUUGGCAGCUACGUGACUCAUGAGACCAAGCACUUCAUCUACUUCUACCUCGGCCAAGUUGCUAUUCUCCUCUUCAAGUCUGGUUAGAGCCAUGGACUGUUACUGAAACUUGUACCCGGUUACAGGACUGCACACUAACUCCAAACAGCCUCCUACCUUCAGCCUUCCUGAGGAUGCAGACCUUGAUCUUCAGGUCUUUUGUUGUAUUGUUAAUGGUCAGGGAUUUUGUUGUAGCAGCUGAUAUUUUCAUUGUGGCUAUAAAAAAGGCAAAAGUGUCUUCCUUGUAUUUAUUUUCUUUCAAAAGACAGCUUCUUUGCUAAUAAAACUAUUGGAACAAGUUU